UAAUGAAAAUGCGUUGUGCUAUACGUUGUUUCAAUUUGCCAAAACCUGUACUCUAGUGCCCAUCUGUGAAGGGUCUGUAGCUUAAUUCUAUUAUCCAAGAACGGUGUUAUAGUUGUGCUUCAACUCUCAACCUGGGACACAAUCAAACACAGUGAUAAACCAGAAAUUGAACAAAACUCAACACCCAAUGGAUUAAUUUUGUGAUAAAGUAUCUAUUACAGUGAGAAUUUAACAGAAAUUAAGAAAAUAGAUUUUGAAGAAAAAGAAAAAGAAACUGAGGUCAGAGAGGAAAUGGAAAUCAUGCACAAAUCAUUCACCCCAUUCUGCCUGUUCUCGUCUACUUUCUUAAGCAGCCACAAGCGUGCUCUCCUAAUGCAACUUGAUAAAACGUAAAAUAGGAGUUGACAACAACAAACGACGUCGUUUCCUUCAGACUUCAAAUUUGUAGAUGACCAUUGGCUGCUUCCUUCUUCUCUCUGUUUCUGGCAUUUCUCUUCUUCUUUUCUCCUCAAUUCAGCUGUGUUCCAUUCUCUUCAUAACAUCCCUUCCCCUUAAAACAAUCUUGUCCCCAAGGUUGGAAGUCUGGGAAUUUGGAUUGUACAUUAGCUGAUUCCUCCUAGGUAGCAUCCUCAGGGUUAGUUCCUUCAUAGUGAACCAGCCAUUGGGUGACAGCUAGACCAUUCUUGUCAAUUAAUCUGGUGGAUAGUAUCUGUAGAGUUUGUCGGUGAAACUGCUGGGGUUCUGAUCUGGAAGUUCACAAAUUGGCACUUCUUUCCCACCAAUUUUUUUCUUCUAUAAGGAAACAUGGAAAAUAGGAUGAAUUUGAUCUGUGGUUGGUAAAUCUAGUUUAUAGGCCACCUUCCCAAAUUUCUGUAUCACCUGUUAUGGGCCAUAAUACUUUGCAUAUAAUUUUUUGUUGAUCCUCUUAACCAAUGUUUGUUGAGCAUAAGGAUGAAGCUUCAAGUAAACCCAAUCUCCAACAUUGAAUUCCCUUUCACUCCUAUGCCUAUCUGCAUAUUGUUUCAUCCGUGCUCUAGCUUGAGCAUAUUCUCCCUAAGUAUCUGAUUAAUUCUAUGUCUUUCCUGUAGCACUUCGUCCACUGUGUAACGCUAUUUUGUUGGUAUGGACCCAGAUAUCGUAUAAAGCUUCAAAUGGAGUCAUUUUAAUGGAUGUGUGUAGAGUGGUGUUGUACCACCAUUCAGCCAUACCAAUCCACUUGCUCCAGUGUUUAGGCUGCUUAUAAAACAUACAUUUGAGGUACAUCUCUAAGUAUUGAUUCAGCCUUUCUGUAUGCCCAUCUGUUUGUGGGUGGUAAGCAGUACUCAUUUGUAAUUUAACUCCCAACAGCUUGAAUAAGCUUUGCCAAAACUCACUUGUGAAUAUUUUGUCCCUGUUAGUAACAAUGCUCUAUGGCAUUCCAUGCAGCUUAUGUAUGUUGUCUUGGAAUAACUUAGCAAUAGUUGGAGCUGAGAAGGGGUGAGCCGGAGUUAAGAAAUGCACAUAUUUAGUAAAUCUGUCCACUAUCACCAGAAUAACAUUUUUGGCUCCGGAAGUGCGAAGUCCCUUAAUGAAAUCCACAGAUAUUUGACUCCAGGCAUAUUGUGGUUCUGGCAAGGGUUGUAGUAAACCCGGGUAGGCCACAUGCUCCCCUUUACAUCUUUGGCAAGCGUUCACACUCUAGGACUUCUUGCUUAAUUUCUUUGUUCAUUCCUGGCCAGAAAAAAUAUUGCUUACCCCAGUGAAUACUAGCCUGUACCCCUGAAUGCCCCCCUUCCUGUGAUGAAUGGAUGGCUGCUAUCAGUUUUCUUCUCACCUCACCACUUGAUCCAAUGUAAAUCCUAGACUUGUAUUUGAGCAAUCCAUUCAAGAAUUGGUAAUCUAGCUCUGCAUUGUUGUUGAGCAACAACCCAGCAAUCUUGCCUUCAGCCUCUUUAUCCCCUUGGUAGAUGGUUGUCACUUCCCCAAUCCACAAAGGAGUAACUUCAGUUAUUGCUAAGCACUUAACCCCUUUUCCUUCCCUCCUGGAUAGAGCAUCUGCUACUUUAUUUUCCACUCCUUAUACUGUAUCUCAUAACUAAGCCCCAGAAGUUUGGACAGCCACUUAUGUUGCAAGGGAGUAGUGAUCCUCUGUUCAAGUAGAUACUUGAGUGACUGGUGAUCCGUUUUGAUGAUAAAAUGGUGGCCUUCUAAGUAGUGCCUCCACUUCCCAACCGCUAUAACUAGAGCUAGUAGCUCUUUCUCAUAGAUUGAUAAACCCAAGUUUUUGUUGUUUAUCCCCUUGCUUAGGUAAGCUAUUGGCCUUUUGUUUUGCAUCAACACUGCUCCCAAUCCCCCAUAGCAAGCAUCAGUUUCCACAAUGAAUGGAAUGGAGAAGUCUGGUAAGGCCAGUACUGGUGUAGAACUUAUAGCUCUUCUUAAUUCCUGAAAAGCUAAUUCAGCAGACUCUCCCCAAUUGAAAUUCUCUUUCUUCAACAGCUCAGUUAGUGGUUUUGCUAUUGCUCCAUACCCCCUUACAAACCUCCUUUAAUACCCUGUUAGGCCUAAAAAACCCCUUAGUUGUUUGAUGUUGGUUGGCUUAGGCCACUCCUGCAUUGCCACUAUUUUGGAAGGAUCCACUGAUACUCUUUCUGCAGAUAUAAUAUGGCCUAAAUACUCUAUUCUGGUUUGCCCAAAAGAGCAUUUGCUCUCCUUAGCAUAAAGCUGGUGUUGCCUUAGAAGUUCCAGUACUACAGCAACAUGUUCACAAUGGGUUCCGAGGUCUGGACUGUAAACCAGUAUAUCAUCAAAGAAAGCCAGUAUAAACUUCCUGAGAUGUUGCUUGAAUACUUCAUUCAUUAGACAUUGAAAGGUAGCAGGGGCAUUUGUAAGUCCAAAAGGCAUGACUCUAAACUCAUAGAGGCUUUCAUCGGUUUUAAAAGCUGUUUUGUGGAUGUCUUUCCCUGCCACUCUGAUGUGGUGGUAUUCAGCCCUCAAAUCAAUUUUAGUAAACCACUUAGCCCCUUUAAUUCACCUAAUAGUUCAUCAAUCAAUGACAUAGGGUAGUUGUCUUUAAUUGUGAGAGUGUUUAGCUGUUUGUAAUCAACAUAAAACCUUCAGGUUGCAUCCUUUUUCUUAACUAGAAGCACAGGAGAAGCAUAAGGACUAUUGCUAGGCUGCAUUAUCCCACUUUCCUUCAUCUCUUUGACCAUUCUCUCAAUCCUUGCUUUCUGAAUAUAGGGGCAUCUGUGUCAAAAUAAUAAAUUGUAUAUCAUAAACUGUUCUUCAUAUUACAAAGGAGAAGACUCUAUUUAUAGGGCUACAAAUAAGCCUAAAAGGAAAUAACUCUAAAAGGAAAGAUUGUGUAUUUAUUACACAAUCAAUUAUAAAAAGAAAAUAAUCCUACACUAUUGGAAAACUAUCAUAGAGAAAUAUUGAUGAUAUCUAUUAUUAUAUUCUACUGACAAUCUGUAGGGCAUGAUCUUGAAAGGUUGGGCUCCUUCUUUUAAUGGUGUAUGAUGGUCAUUGAACCUAGUAGGUGGCAGCCCUUUAGGUUCUGAGAAACCAUAGGAAAUUGAUCUACUACACCCUUGAACUCAUUGGGGAUUACCUCCACUUCUUUCUCAGUAAAUUAGCAUGGUAUCAGAGCCAUAGAAUCACUUACUCGUGUGUUUGUAUUGUGGGUCUGCUCCUUGUUCAUCGUCAUUGGUGGUCGGGGUCACAGGCAUAAAUUGCUUCUUAGUUUAUAGUAACCUUCGAUCGGAGUUCGGGUCUUAGACAUCGUCGGUGAUAGUGUCUCUGUUAUUCCCAUCGGCAUCUUCGUGUUUUAUUUUGGAGGCUUGAGUUUUCUGGUCCAUUCAGUACCGUACCUCCUGCGUGAGUUUCUAAUUUCAUGCGAGGCUAGCCGUUCAGUUACCAGUCGACGCACUUCGUUUGUCUCUCCUCCUCGUCUCAGCGUUCUCUGCUCGCAUCUGUGUCAUGGGUCUUACUUCAAGUGGGCUGUGAGUAUUUGGCAAAAACUUAUUUGGGCCUCUGUUGUUGGUUUUGUGUACUGUUUUUAAUAGAACUGUUGCUUGGGUUGUGAUUGUGGGCACAUUCUUGUUGAUUGAAAAAUUUAUUUGGGUUGUUUUUUUUGUUGACUGCAAAAGUUAUCUGGAUUGUAUCUGGAUUGUGAGUAAUUUUCUACACGGUAUCAUCAUAUCAAUUGAGAAGAGUGACCAUGUUUGCAUUCGUUUUACGGGAAAAAAUUAUUCUUCAUGGGCAUUUUAUUUUCAGCUAUUAUUUAGGGGUAAAAGCGACCUAUGGGGACAUAUUGAUGGAUGUAUUCCAACUCUUGAUAAAGAGAAGGAAAAGGAGAAGUAUCUUGCUUGAAAAACAAAUAAUUCUCAAAUUUUGGUUUGGAUUAUUGGAUCUGUUGAUACUCAAAUUGUUCUUAAUUUGAGGCCUUAUAAGUCAUCUCGUGAUAUGUGGGAGUCGAAACUAUAUACUCAAAGCAACAAUGCUAGGAGACUUCAGUUGGAGUUUGAAUUGAUGGUACUCAAUUUGGACCUCAAUUGUCCACCACAUGAUGAGGAUUCUUCCAUGAAUAUCAAUACAACGUUGGAGCUUGGACUUCCUUGUGCGCAAAUGAGGACAUCUUAUGAGCCUGAUGAUGAUGACGUAAUAAUUUGCUCUCCUAGGAGCUUUGCUGACGCUGUCAACAAUUCCAGAAGGAAUCGUAGGGUAAUAGAGGUGGUUGAUGAUGAAACUGAAUCCCAGAGAGGCAGCUCAGUGAGACAGUCUGGUAAUUGUAACAAGCGCCCAAGAAUUUCUGCAAAACAGAGAGGUGGUGUGGUUAAUUCCAGUGUGUACUUGGAAGAUCAAGAUUUAGUGGAGUUAUCCCAGCCCGUUCCACAGCCAAAACCACCAACAUUUAGUUGCCCAGUUUGCAUGGAACCAAUUGUUGAAGUAACGUCAACCAAAUGUGGCCAUGUCUUCUGUAAAAAGUGUAUCGUUGCAGCAAUUGAAAUUCAGCACAAAUGUCCUACAUGUAGGCGGAAACUUAAAAAGAAAGACGUUAUCAGGAUCUACCUUCCAAAUGCUCAAUAAUUGAACUCUAUGCCCAUGGCGCCGUAUUCUGAUAUCUCAAGGUAUGUAGUGACGAUUCUUCAUUUAUCUGAGCCACUAUGUUGCCUCUUCAAGUCAAGAUGUGCUUCUUGGCAGGUUGAUAUUUCUUCAUUGGUUUCCAUUGGCAUUUCACCAUAUGAACUCAACAUUUUAAGAACUUGGUUUUGAGGGAACUUUGUUUUGUUUCUCUCUAAGUGGAGGGGGUGUUUGAAUCUAGGCAAUUACCUUCUAUGAAAUUUUCUUCCCAUCUCCACUGAGAGACGUGGUCAUUGGCUAAUAGUUCAUUUUGACUACAGAAGCUUGUGCAAUGAGCUUCUAGUUUCAGGUUUCCAAUAUUACUUUCUUAAGAAAUUUGUCUAUUGAAUGACUUUGUGACAAAGUUGUGUUAAUGAAUGAGGAUUUUUUUGGUACAUUGUUAA